AGGUGAAGUGUAAAGGCGAUAUUACGAGCGCGGGACCGAGAACGACGAGGAGUGUAUCACUAGAACACAAAGGUAAAUCUCAGUUCGUUUGAAACGACUCUAUUGAUCUAUGUACCUAGAACACAAAGGUAACUACGAGCCGUUAGUUAACGUAAAUGGCGGGUACGAGAAUAUACCCACAUCUCAGUUCGUUUGAAACGACUGAGAUGUUCGGACGCUGGAGCUGCUCCUUUUAAGGUGAGUGCAUGGUUACUGGAUAUGAGAGAGAAAUAUUGAAAAAGAUUUGCAGCACACGAGCCGACGUCAUACGUCGCUCGUCUAUGUCCAAAAUGGCGUGCGCUCGGACCUAUCAUUCCUCCCCUCGUCCUAUCUCGGAUCUCUCGGCCUCGGACUCCAACAAAGUGUAUUGUAUAGCGUUGUCUCCGGACGGGAAGAAAGUGGUUAGCGGGAGUAAGGAUGGCAUAGUGAAGUUGUGGGACAUCGACACAUGCAAAAUCAUCACUAGAUGGAUGGGGCACAAAGAGACAGUGGUGUCUGUCUGCUGGAGUCGAGAUGGUCAGAGAGUGUUGAGCGGAUCUGGCGAUGGGAUUGCAAGGCAAUGGGGCGUGGAAAGCAGAGAGACAACCCUCGAGUCAAUCGAGACUGGGCACGUCUUCCUGUGGGCAGUCGUCUAUUCACCAAACAUGAUUGCGACUGGUGGACAUGAUGGACCCUGGACUGGACAACCCAUCGAGGGCUCCAUCAAAAUCUGGGACACAAAGACAGGCGAGCUUGUCGCAACUCUCAAAGGACAUACAUGGACAGUGGGUUGCCUGGCUUAUACCAAGGACGGAAAAACGCUUAUAUCUGGGUCAGACGAUCACUCCAUUAGGACAUGGAAUACCAAAACAUGGAAGCAAACCGCACUACUGCAAGCGCACACCAACCAGAUAUGGGCCAUUGUGACAUCUCCGAAUGACCACAUCCUCGCAAGCGCAUCGUACGACAAUACAGCGCUAUUGUGGAACCUCGACAUUGGCCAACCCAUCGGUCCGCCCCUCUGGCAUGUAAACUUCGUUGACUCCGUAUCGUUUUCAGGAGAUGGAAAGCUACUAGCUACUGCCUGCUGCGACACAAACACGUACACAUGGGAUGUUGCUGGGAUUGUAAAAGAAGCUGGCCUCGACGACCUACUUUUGAAUUCAAAGGUGAGUUGAUGUGCACGUCUUGUUGUAUAUCCUCACAGCUGAACACGCUCUGCCAGACCAA